AUGCCACCCAAGCGCAAGUCUGAACGCGCUGUGAGCGCAAAUGAGUCUCUUGAAACACCUUCCAAAAGGCUCCGAAACACUGUAGAUGCAACCCCAGUUUCUGCAGCAUCGGCUUCAGUGGUCGAUGCUACACCCCAGACAGGCGAAAAGAGAGGUCGUGGUCGUCCGCGCAAAUACCCCGAGAGCUCGACUCCUAAGCCUGCUUCUGACGCCCCUAAGCGUGGCCGUGGUCGCCCACGGAAGAUUGUUUCUGAGCCAGAACCUGAGGUUGUAGCUCCAGCAGGCCCCAAGAGAGGCCGUGGACGCCCCCGCAAGGACUCAGGCGAUGCGACACCCGUCACACCGAAGAUCAAGAAGAAGGAUGGCCGAGGACGUCCCCGCAAGGACACAGGCGAUGCGACACCUGUCACACCGACGAUCAAGAAGAAGGAUGGCCGUGGAAGACCCCGCAAGAACCCUGUGCCAAAUGGAGAAGCUGAAAUCAUCGAGUCGAAGGUCAAGCCUACGGUCGAUAUCAUCCCUGAAACUGGCCGCUCUUUCUGGUUGAUGAAGGCAGAGCCUGAAUCUCGCCUAGAGAAGGGCAAGGAUGUGAAAUUCUCUAUUGAUGACCUAGCUGCUGCAGAUGCACCCGAGCCUUGGGAUGGUGUGCGCAACCACGUCGCCAAAAAUCUCAUGCGGGAUAUGAAGAAGGGAGACUUUGCAUUCUUUUACCACUCAAACUGCAAAGUACCUGGCGUUGUGGGAGUGAUGGAGAUUGUUCAGGAGCAUUCCACAGAUGAGUCCGCUUUCGAUUCCAAGCACCCAUACUACGACCCGAAGUCCAAGCGAAAUGAUCCCAAGUGGGUUGUCGUCCACGUUGAAUACCGCCGCAGGCUUGGGAAGCAAGUCACACUCCAGGACCUGAAGUCUCAUGGUCAGACCGGAAAGCCGCUCGAGAAUCUUCAAAUGAUUAAGCAAGCCCGGCUUAGCGUGUCUUCUGUGACUCCGGCACAAUGGAAAUACAUACUGGAGCUGGCAGGCGAGGAACCGCAAGAGGAGUUCACCAAGAAGGAGUCCAGUGCCGAGGAGGAAUAG